AUGCCUAGUGAUAUGAUUCAAAACCCAAAGAAAAAUGAGCACUGCAUGGCUAUCACCAUGAGAAGUGGUAAAUCACUACUAAAACCUACACCUGCAAGCAUUGAGCAGGAAGAAAGUAUAGAAAGGAAUGCUGAAAAAGAGGUGGAUUUUGAAGUUCCCAUAAUUUUGGGAAGGCCAUAUUUGGCUACUAGUAGAGCAUUGGUUGAUGUGGAGAGUGGGGAGCUAAAAUUUUGGCUAAAUAAUGAAGAGGUCAAAUUCAAAGUGUGUAAGUCGAUGAAGCAACCACACGAUAUGAGUGUGCUGUCCGCGAUUGAUAUAGUUGAAGAAAGGGUCACUGAAUCAUCUAUAGAAGAAAGAUUUACUGUAGAGACACUAGUUGCAGUAAUAAUGAACUUUGAUGAGGACAAACCUACAACAAAACCAUUUAUUGAGGAACCACAUGUGCUUGAAUUGAAGCAGCUACCGGGUCAUUUGAGGUAUGUCUUUCUAGGUGAAAAUAAGACUUUGCUAGUUAUUAUGGCUGCAAAUCUUAAUGUUGAACAAGUGCAAACAUUGGUGACGGUGUUGAAAAGGUUCAAGAAAGCAAUUGGUUGGACCAUUGCUGACAUAAUUGGGAUACCUCCAGUGAAGUGUGUGCCCAAGAUAGGUGGAAUAACUGUAGUGGCGAAUGCAAAGAAUGAGUUGAUUCCGCAGAGGUCAGUUAUCGAUUGGCGAGUGUGCAUGGAUUACAGUAAAUUGAACAAGUGGACCUUGGAAGACCAUUUUCCAAUGCCUUUCAUGGACCAGAUAUUAGAUAGGUUGGUAGGAAAAGGGUGGUAUUACUUUUUGGAUGGGUACUCUGGGUACAACCAGAUUUCAAUUGCACUAGAAGAUCAGGAGAAAACCACUUUCGCAUGCCCUUAUGGUACUUUUGCGUUCAAACACAUACCAUUUGGAUUAUGUAAUGCACUUGCUACAUUUCAGCGGUGUAUGAUAUCCAUCUUUUCGGACAUAGUUGUAGACACUUUGGAGGUAUUUAUGGAUGUCUUCUCUGUGGUUGGUGACAAUGUUGAUGGUUGUUUGUUAAAUCUUAGAAGGGCACUACAGAUAUGUGAAGAGGCGAACAUAGUGCUAAACGGGAAAAAAUGA